GUGCGCGCAGCAGCGCCCCAGGUGGGCGUGGCUUCAAUGCGGAGCAGCGGGGCCCCGCCCUCUCCUUGGCCCCGCCCCGUACCCUUGAGCCCGGCACAAGAUGGCGGCUGCGACCCUCGCCCGCCGGAUCGGCCGCUCAGGUGUGCUGCCCCUGUGCUGCCGCCUCCCGGCGUGGGACAGGGCCACCCGGCCGCCCUCCAGCCCCCUGCAGCCCCCAGGGCUCCCGCUCGCCCCGUGUCGUUCCUUCAGCAACAACAGGAUCCAGGUGGAGCUGGACGAGAGCUCAGGUGUUGCCAUGAUGAAGUUCAAGAGUCCCCCAGUCAACAGCCUCAGCCUGGAGUUCCUCACAGAGUUUUCCAUAAGCCUGGAGAAGCUGGAGAACAACCGAGCCUGCCGGGGUGUGAUCAUCACCUCUGCUGUUCCCAAAAUAUUCUCCUCUGGCCUGGACAUCACCGAGAUGUGUGGGAAGAGCACAGAGCACUACACAGAGUUCUGGAGAGCCGUGCAGGAGGUGUGGCUCCGGCUCUACGGCUCCAACAUGGUCACAGUGGCUGCAGUCAACGGGUCCAGCCCGGCCGGGGGCUGCCUUGUUGCCCUGUCGUGUGACUACAGGAUCAUGGCAGAGAACCCCAAAUUCAGCAUUGGCCUGAACGAAGCCCAGCUGGGCAUUGUGGCUCCCUUCUGGUUUAAGGACACGUUUGUGAAUGUUGUGGGACAGCGAAUUGCUGAACGCUCCCUCCAGCUGGGCUCCCUCCACCCUGCACCUGAGGCCCAGAAGUUGGGCCUCGUGGAUGAGCUGGUGCCAGAGGAGAAGCUCAUGGAGAAGGCUGCAGCUGUCAUGGCACAGUGGCUGGCCCUUCCUGACCAUGCCCGCCAGCUCACCAAGACCAUGAUGAGGAAGGCGGUGUUGGACCGCCUGGUAGCUCACCGGGAGGAAGACAUCAAGAACUUCGUCAGCUUUGUCUCAAAAGAGUCCAUCCAGAAGUCCCUUCGCAUGUACAUGGAGAUGCUGAAGAAGAGGAAGAGCUAAGGAUCCAGCUGGUCCCUGGGAGGUCGAGUCACCCUCUGAAACGCUGCAGUAGCUGUUGGUCUCACAGCGAAGCCACCUGCAGUGCCAGCAGUUGGUGACAUGCACCUGCUCCCACAGCCGCCCAGCUGCCUCUUCGCUUUGUGCCUGUAGAGUGCCUGACACCACUGCUGCCUUCCCUAAGGGCAGGGAGAGCCCACCCAGCCCCCCGAGGAAUGGACAGGGACAGGGUCUCAACACACUGUGGUCUGAGCCUGGUGGUCCUUGGAUGUCCUCCCUCCUGUCCAACAGUUAAUCGUGAAAUGAGGUUUGUCAAUAAAUCUUCAAUGAGGUAGGA